UCAGGGGAAGUAGACGGUACAUUGAAUUUGAUAUCCUGCUGAAGACGCAGAUAAUGAGGACUUACUAUUGCCUACCACUAUUCAUCUGGACCUAUAUGUUUUAUUCAGUUGAUGCUAUCCCAUUGCAAGAAAAAGCUAACAGUAAUUUCCCAACCAAAAGAAUAAUGAGUCUGACAAAAGACAAUGGUAAAAUGCUACAUCGCACCAAGCGUGGCUGGAUGUGGAAUCAGUUCUUCUUGUUGGAAGAGUACACAGGGACAGAUACACAAUAUGUAGGCAAGCUUCACACUGACCAAGACAAAGGAGAUGGAAAUUUAAAAUACAUAUUAACAGGAGAUGGGGCUGGCAGUAUAUUUGUUAUAGAUGAAAAUACAGGAGAUAUUCAUGCUGCAAAGAAAUUAGACAGAGAAGAAAAAUCCCUGUACAUCCUUCGUGCCAAGGCUAUAGACAGGAAGACUGGGCGGCAGGUGGAACCCGAAUCUGAAUUUAUCAUUAAAAUCCAUGAUAUCAAUGACAAUGAACCAAAAUUCACAAGAGACUUAUACACUGCCAGUGUUCCUGAGAUGUCUGGAGUAGGUACAUCAGUUACACAAGUGACUGCGACAGAUGCAGAUGAUGCCAACUACGGAAAUAGUGCCAAAGUGGUCUACAGCAUAUUGCAAGGACAGCCCUAUUUCUCAGUGGACCCAGAAUCAGGCAUUAUAAAAACUGCAUUACCGGACAUGAGCCGAGAAAACAGGGAGCAGUACCAAGUGGUUAUACAAGCAAAGGACAUGGGCGGCCAGAUGGGAGGCCUUUCUGGGACCACCACAGUGAACAUCACGCUGACCGACGUCAACAACAACCCUCCUCGAUUUCCCCAGAGCACGUAUCAAUUUAAUUCUCCCGAGUCUGUGCCUCUGGGAACCCACCUUGGGAGGAUAAAAGCCAAUGACCCUGAUGUGGGGGAAAAUGCUGAGAUGGAAUACCGCAUUGCCGAAGGCGAAGGCGCUGACAUGUUCGAUGUCCUCACUGACAAGGAUACACAGGAAGGGAUUAUAACUGUCAAACAGAAUUUAGAUUUUGAAAACAAAAUGCUGUACACUUUAAGAGUGGAUGCAAGUAACACACACCCAGAUCCACGAUUUCUACACCUGGGACCUUUCAAAGACACAGCUGUGGUCAAAAUAUCUGUGGAGGAUAUCGAUGAGCCUCCUGUGUUUAGUAAAAUUUCUUACUUGAUAGAGGUAGAUGAAGACGUAAAGGAGGGCAGCAUCAUUGGACAAGUUACGGCAUAUGACCCAGAUGCAAUGAACAAUUUAAUAAAGUACUCCGUUGACCGGCACACUGAUACAGACUGGGUCUUCAGUGUCCACGCAGACAAUGGCUCCAUCUUCACCUUGAAGCCUCUUGACCGCGAGUCGUCCCCAUGGCACAACAUCACCGUGAUAGCCACAGAAUUAAAUAACUCAAAACAGAGUAGCCACAUUCCAGUCUUCAUCAGAAUUCUAGAUAUAAAUGACCAUGCUCCAGAAUUUGCCAUGUACUAUGAAACCUUUGUUUGUGAAAAUGCAAAACCUGGGCAGUUGAUCCAGACUGUCAGUGUCAUGGACAAGGAUGAUCCUCCCCGAGGCCACAAAUUCUUCUUUGAGCCAGUGCCAGAGUUUCCCCUCAAUCCAAACUUUACCAUUGUAGAUAAUAAAGAUAACACAGCAGGAAUCAUGACUCGAAAAGAUGGGUACAGCCGCCACAAAAUGAGCACCUAUCUCCUACCGGUUUUAAUCUUUGACAACGAUUACCCGAUCCAAAGCAGCACGGGCACUCUCACCAUCCGGGUGUGCGCCUGUGAUAACCAAGGAAACAUGCAGUCUUGCAAUGCGCAGGCCUUGGUCCUCUCGGCCGGGCUCAGCACGGGAGCUCUGGUUGCCAUCCUCCUCUGCGUCCUCAUCCUGCUCGUAGUUUUAGUUGUGCUGUUUGCUGCAUUGAAGAGGCAAAGAAAAAAGGAACCUCUGAUAAUUUCAAAAGACGAUGUCCGGGACAACAUCGUGACCUACAAUGACGAAGGCGGUGGGGAAGAAGACACUCAGGCUUUUGACAUUGGCACAUUAAGGAAUCCUGAAGCAAGAGAAGAAAGUAAACUUAGAAGGGAUGUAAUGCCGGAAACUAUUUUUCAGAUAAGGAGAACUGUGCCUCUGUGGGAAAAUAUUGAUGUACAAGAUUUUAUCCAUCGAAGAUUAAAAGAAAAUGACUCAGACCCAAAUGCACCUCCUUAUGAUUCUCUGGCUACAUAUGCCUAUGAAGGGAAUGAUUCCAUAGCAGAUUCACUCAGUUCUUUAGAAUCUCUCACAGCGGAUUGUAACCAAGAUUAUGAUUAUCUCAGCGACUGGGGACCUAGGUUUAAAAAACUGGCCGAUAUGUACGGGGGUGAUGAGAGUGACCGAGAUUAA